AUGGCCUCUGAAACCAUUGCGGGAACCGGCAUGGGCCUUUGGGGUAAUGUCAAAAUUCCGGAUAUAAGUUCGUUGAAGCCGGGUGAGAACGACAGCGAUUGGCGCAUGGUAGACUGGAAUUCUGCUGUACAAUUUACCUCUCUCCAGGUCUUCCUGUCGGAAGGCCCGUGGCUGAAGGAACGUGACGUUCACCGAACAUCACAUCACUUUGAUGUCCAGUGUUUGAACAACAUCCUCGCGGAAAAAGAAGAUCUCGCUACACUGUCAUAUAAUAUGGUUAGCGCGAGCAGCGGACCCGGACACUCUAUGCUCACUUAUCUUGUUGAUGAAUUCCCAGCAAUGACCGAUGGGGUUGGCGGCGACAUAUCCUCCUGCGCCAAAUUCAUGUUCGGAUCCAGAACCCAGCAUGGCUGCAAUCACACCUGGGGACUGGCAAACUGCACCCUCGGCAACCUCUCAGUCGACUCUCGAGUCGAAUGCCAAUCUGAAUCCUGCCGCGUGCAAGCCAUGCGCCCCUCAUAG